AUCAGCCUGAGGCCUCCGCACUUGCUCUCGAGUCUCACCCACUCUGCAGCCGGUCGUGUAUCGGCAAGCCAUGGAAACAAUCCAAAUCAGCGACAAUAUCUGUGGACCGCCUCACAUACCAUACCCCAUGAAUUUCUAUGUCUCACUCUUAUAACUCCUAUAGCCGCACGCUGCUCCCAGACGCCAUACAGUCGAAAAGCUGGGAAGAUCGCAUGCGAGAGGCGCGAAACGAGAAGGCCGUCAAGACCGAGCUUAGCGAGGAGACGAGGGCCGAGAAGGAGCGUUUCAGACUGCACUCUUACACAUGAUCGACCUCCGCUUGAGCCUGUCUUUGCACCUCGGAAUGGGCGUCCUCAAAGAAUGAGUGCGGUCUACAGCUCGUUAUUUGCAUCGGCCAGCCUCACGCAUUGGCGGGACAAUGCAUACCGUAUCGGAAGCCCCUGCAUAUAAGCCUAAGAGUCUUCUGGGA